GCUCCCAUGGACGACCGCAUUCUUCUCUUUCUGCUCCUUCUCACUGGGCUCCUCGUCGCACUCGCGAAGCGCUCCCGCAAAGCAAGCCGGGUCCCCAUUGUCCGCCCUCCGACACCGUCGUUCGGCCCGCUUACCAGCUACCGCGACGCUCUUUCUUUCAUCGAGCAUGCGCCCGCCAUGAUCAACCGCGGGUACGAGCUCCACCCCAACGCAGUGUUCCGUGUCGCGCGAAUGUGGUACUGGGAAUACGUCGCCUGUGGGACGCGCCUCGUCAAGGAGAUCGGUGGGCUGCCCGAGAAUGUCGUGUCGUUCACCGAGGGCGUCGAGGAGAUCGUACAAUCGCGGAUAACCAUGGGCCACGAGGUGAUCGACAACCCAUACCACCUCGCUGUCGUGCGCACAACCCUGACGCGCAACCUUCACGCUCGCUUCCCUGAUGUCCGCGACGAGAUCGUCUGUGGCUUCGACGAGAUAGUUGGCCUGCGCACGGAGUGGAAGUCCGUCUAUGUCCUGCCGACGAUUAUGGAUAUCGUCGCGCGGGUUAGCAAUCGCCUGUUUGUUGGCUUGCCGCUCUGCCGAAAUAAGGCGUACCUCGACAAUAAUGUGCAGUACACCAUCGACGUCAUGGCUAGCUCCAAGAACAUCGGCCUGUUGCCGCCGUUCCUGCGCCCGAUGCUCGGCCCCUUGAUCACCAAGCGGAACAAGUCGUUCGACACGGCCAUGCGGUUACUAGGGCCGGUCGUGGCAGAGCGGAUGCGGCAGGAAGACGAGUACGGGCCGGAUUGGUCGGGCAAGCCCAACGACUUGAUCUCGUGGAUCCUCGAAAUUGCACACGGGGACAACCGAACUGUGGAGGGCAUUGUCAUGCGCAUCCUGGCGGUCAAUAUGGCGGCCAUCCACACGACCUCUAUGGCUUUCACCCACAUGCUGUACUCGCUCGCGUCGUUCGAGCCCGCGAAAUAUCUGCUGCCCAUGCGCGCCGAGGUCGAGGCGGUGAUCGCAGACGAGGGGUGGAGCAAGGCCGCGCUGGGGAAUAUGCACUUGAUCGACAGCUUCCUCCGCGAGUCGCAGCGCAUGCAUGGGAACGGCCCGGUUGGAAUGACCCGCCGUGUGGUUGCACGCGACGGCGUGACGCUAUCGGACGGGACAUAUUUGCCCCACGGUGCAUUCAUCUGUGUUGCUGCAAUGCCUGCGCACGUUGACGACGCCAACUACGAGAACGCGAAGGAGUUUGAUGGUUUCCGCUUCGCACGCGAGCGAGACGCCCAGAUAGCGAAAGAGGAGGCGGAGCCUAGUGUCGAGAAGCAUGCGUUGGGGCGGCAAAUGAUCACCACCGCUCCGGACCACCUGCCCUUCGGCACCGGCAAGCACGCCUGUCCCGGCCGCUUCUUCGCCGCAACCGAGCUCAAGGCUAUGCUCGCGCACCUCGUGUUGAACUACGAUGUCAAGGCCGUCGUGGAUGGCGUGCGGCCUCCUGACGAGGUCUAUGGCAUUCGCAUAAAUCCGAACACGCGGGGGCAGGUGUUGCUGCGCAAGAGGGUGGAGUGA